UUCUAAAAAAGUAAGAAAAUAUGCAUUUAUAAAGCAAUCACGAACGUAGACAUUUCGGUGUUAAAAGAUCAGCCGUUACAUUAAUUCAAAUGUUGAUAAGACAUUUUUUUUGUACAAAUCAUCGUCAAAAUAGAAAAUUAAGACAAAGCUUAUGAUAUACGUACACGAGGAGAUAAAAGCAAUGCAUAUUCCUUUAAUAAAGCAAGAAGCGAAUUUCAGCAAAGCACGAAAAGUGGGAAGGCAUCAGAUUCUCCUCGCUCGCAACGUUUUAUAAAUUUAAGCACAAUAAUUUCUGUCUAUAUGAAUUCAUUGGAGAUAAUAAUAUCAUCAGUUAUCGAAGGCAAGAAGAAAAAUGGUUGAUCAGCUGACGGACGAUCAGAUUUCCGAGUUCAAGGAAGCCUUCACCCUAUUCGAUAAAGAUGGCAAUGGUCGCAUUACUACCAAGGAGCUUGGGAAUGUGAUGCGCACAUUGGAACAGAAUCCAACUGAGGCCGAGCUCAAGGAUAUGAUCAUUGAAGUUGACGCUGAUGGAAAUGGGACAAUUGAGUUACAAGAAUUUCUCAACUUGAUGGCCAGGAAACAGAAGGAUUCUGAGGAGGCUUUCAAGGAAGCUUUCCGAGUUUUUGACAAGGAUCAGAAUGGCUACAUUUCUGCUGCUGAACUUCGCAAUGUCAUGACAAAUCUUGGUGAGAAGCUCGCUGAUGAAGAGGUUGAUGAGAUGAUCCGCGAAGCUGAUGUGGACCGUGAUGGGCAAAUCAACUACGAGGAGUUCGUCAAGAUCAUAAUGGCCAAGAGGAGAAAAACUCGUUGUCUAGUCGCAAAAGGAAAAGUAAAUGGAGUAAGGUGCCAUUGGAAGAGAUGGCUUUGUCAAUUCUGAAAUAGCUAAGCUAGUUUGGAUGUCACACUUGUAGCAGAAGCUGCACCAAAAUACAAUACCAUAAAUUGUUUCAUUAUCAAAAGUUUUUUCUGUUCUUUGAGUCAUCCCUCGUAGAUAGGGCAUUCCAUUCUUUAUAUGUAUAGAAAAGUAAUAAUUAAAAUUUAGUCUUUCUUUU